UUCUUCCUUCUUGUUAGGGCAUUAUUGUUGCAAUCUCGUGGUUUUGUUAUGUAAAGAAAAACUCCAAAAUUCUCCUUUAAAUCAGUGAAAGACUUCCCAAAUUCCACAAUGCAUCGCUUGCUGAUGCUAAAGAGUACCCUUCCAACAAGUAUUCACCUCUUGACCCUCUCCAGGUGCUGCGGAAUUCCCCAAAACUCCCGGAACCCCAGUCGUGUGGAGUUUUCUCUGCCUUUUGACUUAUUCCAUGGGCGGCAGCACUCCACAACAGUUAAUUUAGAUGCCCUCCGGUUGAUAAGGAAAAAGAGGAAAGCCAAGAAGAAGAAAUUCAUUGAACUCCUUCAAGUUACGGAAAAUGCAACGAAGGAAACAAAAACUUCCGUGAAGAAGCUGAAAAGCAAGAAACUUUCGGAAUUUAUCAGCAAUCCCAGUUCCUCAAGCCUUCCUGCCGCGGCGGUGUCAUCAGCCCCGACUAUUUUAGCCACAGAUCCCGUUGAGUACUCAAAAUUGAAUUUUCACAUUGAAAAUACGACAAAAUCCGCGAAUGAGGAUAUUCCAAUUGUUUUUAUAAGUGAUAAAUUGGGCGUGAAGAAGGUGAAUCAGCUGUCGUCGGAGGUUCUCAAUGAGAUCCUCGAGAGUUAUCAGUGUUUCCGUGAGAUGGGAGAGAUUGAGGAGCCUGUGGCGCAAAUUGAAGCAGAAUUCGAGGAAAUUGAGACUCUGGAGGCGGAAGUGAAGGAUUCCGUUGAAGCUGCCCCCGUUGUGGCUAAUCCAAAGGUUGCAAAGGUCAAGAAGGGGAAGUUCAAGUCUCGUCAGCAUGUGUCGUCGGAACAGGAGCAGCUGGCAAAGCAGAAAUGUCUCUUUACCAACAUCAGUGCGUAUUUGGAGUUGUGCGUGUCCAGUGGGAUGCUGAAUCGGGGAUUGUCGACGUUCCUCAACUACCGCGCACGAUGGAAGAGAUUCAACAUUACGCGACACUUUGACAUCCGCCUGUACAACAUUCUCCUCCAGGGGUACGCUGAGAAGGGAAAUGUUGUCAAAAUCACGGAGAUUUUGAAUUUUAUGAAGGGGGAUGGGGUGCAGAUGGACGCUCAAACUUUUGCCACAAUCAUCGAGGGCAUUGGUCGGCAGCCACCGGACAUGGAGAACACAAAACUCCUGCAGAAGUACCUCAAGGAGGCGACAGCGCAGGGAAUCUCCCUGAAUGACAUUAUGGACAGGAGUAAAUUCCUCGGGGAUCAGAGAGAAAUUGUCCUGGACACCAUUCACAGGCUUGAACCGAACUUUGUACCCACGUACACACCCCCAGUGCUGACCUACAGCAAUGAACUCCUCAAUUCCCUCAAUGAAAACAUUCCGGGAAUUGAGGAGAAAGUCCAAAUGCCCAAAGUACCCAAAGAGAGGGCAGAGGAAAUGAAGAAACUAAUGCAGGAACAGCUGGAUAUUGAGAUGCGAGGCUAUCUAUCAGUGAAGAACAUUGAAAAGUUCCCGGAACCAACACCCCAAGUCCUCCACAAUAGGCGGAAACUCAAUGAACUCCAGACAAUGUGGAGGAAUCAAAUUGUUUUUGCCUUCAAUCGAGAUUUAAAUACAAUUCGUGCUCAAACCCAAUGCAAAUUCAAUAAAUCCACCAAUCUCUUCCCAUACCUCAAAGUACUUGACACAAAGCAAUACGUGGACAUCCUGCUCCGGGAAAUCCGCACCCUGGCUGAGGGAUCAGAGACGUACAGUCCAACUGUGGGACAACUUUACCGGGAAUUGGGUUCAAAGGUACAAGCACGCUACCAUUUGGAGCACAUGAGGAAGAUGGGGCUGCUGCAGAAGACCACAGACAUCUACAUGGAUUACCUCCUGGCCCAAGACGGUCAGGAGCAGUUGGCGGACAAUCACAGGCAGCUGUGGCAGAGGCUAACCUAUGGGGUGUGCAAUGAAGGUCCCAGCAUGGACUACAUCAAUCAACCGUGGUCAAUGAACAUCACAACGGCCAUUGGGAGGUUCCUCUACAACAUCCUCAUGCGUGACGUCAAGAUUGAUCUCAAUGCCACGCGGAUGAAUGCCAAGAAUCAAAACUUAUCGCCUGCCUUCUUUACAAUCUACAGGAAUCAAGGGAGGCACAUGAAGGAGGAAGUUAAACCGCAUCCAGUGUUGUCCAAAUUAUUUCGUGGAUCGCAACAGGAAAUGCUGACUUUUGAUGCAAAUCUCGUACCGAUGAUGUGCCCCCCACAGCCGUGGAAUACCCCCAAUCAGGGAGGCUACCUCGUGACGAAGAGCGAACUCAUUCGGCUGCCGCAUCAGGCACAUCAGCAAUGGGCGAGGAUUGCUGAUGCACCACCGAGAGACAUCUAUCCAGCACUGGAUAGUCUCAAUCAGUUGGCAGCUGUGCCGUGGACGAUUAAUGGGGAUGUUCUCGAUGUUGUUGCGGAGGUUUUCAAUAGCGGUGGGAGUGCGCGUUUGGAUGUGCCACAGCCGCCGUCGGUGUUGCAGCCACCGGUUGGACCGCCGGAAGGGCAGAAGUUGACGAAUGAGGAGAAAUUCCAGAUUUAUCGACAAAAACUCACGCAUAGGCGACAACAGGCUGAAAUGUACAGUCUCUGGUGUGAUUGCCUCUACCGGUUGUCCCUUGCAAAUCACUUCCGUGACAGGCCGUUCUGGUUGCCGCACAAUAUGGAUUUUCGCGGGAGAGUCUACCCGCUGCCGCCGCAUCUCAGUCACAUGGGCUCAGAUCUAGCGAGAUCGCUCCUCAAGUUCCACGAAGGGAAACCUCUUGGCAGGGAUGGGUUGAUGUGGCUAAAGCUGCACUGUAUCAAUCUUACGGGGACGAAGAAGAGGGAAUCCGUGGCAGAACGUCUGCGGUAUGCUGAGGAGAUUCUCAGUGAUAUCCUGGAUUCAGCGGAUAAUCCUCUUGGGGGGAAAAUGUGGUGGGCACAGUCAGAUGAACCGUGGCAAACGCUGGCGUGUUGCAUGGAAAUCGCCAAGGUGAUACGUUCUCCGGAUCCGGAAGCCUUCAUCAGUCACUUCCCCAUUCAUCAGGAUGGCUCGUGCAAUGGGCUUCAGCACUAUGCUGCCCUCGGGAGGGACACAGCUGGUGCAGUAAGUGUCAAUCUUGCCCCCUCGGACAGCCCACAGGAUGUCUACAGUGCCGUUGCGGCUCUCGUGGAGGAAGCUCGUGUCCGGGAUGCGGCAAAAGAUGUGGAAGUGGCCAAAACACUCGAAGGUUUCAUCCGGAGAAAGGUGAUAAAGCAAACAGUGAUGACAACGGUGUACGGGGUGACGCGGUAUGGGGCUCGGCUGCAGAUUGCGCGGCAACUCAAAGACAUUGAGGACUUCCCGAAGGAAUACGUGUGGCAGGCCUCAUCGUAUCUCACCGUGAAGACCUUCGAGAGCCUCCGGGAGAUGUUUAAGUCAGCGAGAGAGAUUCAGGACUGGUUUACGCACUGUGCUCGUCUCAUUUCCGCCGUGUGCUUCCAGAAUGUGGAAUGGGUGACACCGCUGGGGCUGCCGGUGGUGCAGCCGUACAACAGAAUGGAGAAGAUGGGGCAGCAGCAGAAGGGCACCAAAGUGGGGGAAUACUUUGCCAUUGAUAUGUACGAGAAGCCCAACAUAAUGAAGCAGAAGAAUGCCUUCCCGCCCAAUUUUAUUCACUCCCUCGACUCCAGCCACAUGAUGCUCACGUCGCUCUUUUGCCAACGCUCCGGCCUCACCUUCAUCUCCGUCCACGACUGCUACUGGACGCAUGCUAGCACAGUGCCAGCGAUGAAUACCAUCACGAGGGAACAAUUUGUCGCACUUCAUUCACUUCCCAUCCUCGAGGAUUUGUCGGAGUUCCUCAAGCAGAAGUAUUGCUUCAAAGAUCAAGAAUUGAAGAACGACGGCUCUGUGAGUGAUGCCACAAAGAGAAAACUGAACAGAAUCCUCCGGCAGGUGCCGGGAAAGGGUGAUUUUGACCUCAACAGUGUACUCGAUUCUGUCUACUUUUUCAGCUGAAGAGGUGGGAAAAUUCAGCAAAAUUCAACGAAAAGAAAAAAGAAAAAUCCGAAAAAUCCUGACCCCUACUAAAUUCCUUUCCUUAGUAGAUGUGUUAGUUUAUACCUCUAGUCACAGGAUAAUGAAAAAAAAGAAGAAGAAAAAAUAAAUCAGGAAGCAUCCCAAAAGUGCUUUGAAGAGCACAAGAUGAGCGACAGCAACACCAUGCAGUACACAAACGAUGGGAACUGGAAGUGUGGGAUUUAUUUUUAAACUCUCAAACUCUGGACCGAUUUGCAGUCUCGGGUGCUUUUCAUCCGCGUAAGAGAGGGAUCUUCUCCCCCAUUCAGUCUCAAUUGGAUUCUCACAGUGAUCGCACGCAGAGCAUUUUUCGUGUUUUUUGGGAUAAAUUGAGUGAAGAGAAUAAAUAAAAAGACAGGAAUAAAGUGAAAA